AUGGCUGGAGAGAAAAUUUCAGGAUAGGGGAAGCGCAAGUGCUAACCAAGAUGUCAAGAGCAUUAGUUUAAUCUCAAUCCAAAAAAUUAAAAGUGUUGGUUUAAAUCACCCACUAACAUAGAUUUCUGUCCCUUGUACAAUGAUGCUGUAAUAGAUAUAUAAUAUAAUGUAUAGCUGGCCUGUUUUGAAAAUAUCGUUCCAGUCUUUAAUUAAGAUGAACAAUAAUGCUUGCCCGGUUUCAUUUUAGAAGUGGACAGAGUAAGAAUUGGCUGUCUAAUAUUUACAUUAGAAUGAAUACUUGAGGAGCAUGCAAAAAUACAAAGAAGAUCAUCAAAGAAAGAUCCAAGAAUAUACGAUGAAGAAGACCAAAUUGGUAUUGGAUUUAAUUAAGUUUAGUAAAUUCCGAAACCAGGUCGCAAGCAUAGGUAUUGUGGAGUGUGUCGUAAACCUUAUUAAGAUUAUUUGGAAGUAAUGAAGAUAUUCCUAAAACCUAGCAUAUAAAAUCUUCGGAUCACAUAAAUUGCUUUAACAGACAUGAUUUUGUCCAAGUGAUACUCAAAAUAAUAGAUGAAGAUUAUAAAUCAAGAGAUGAAAAUAAAAAUUAAAACGAUUCCAGCACUUACCCUGCCAAAGCAGUGAUGCCUAAAAAAAGGGGUCCAAAGCCAAAAGUCCAAGUGGAACAAGGGGAACCUAAAAAGAGAGGAAGAAAACCUCUUGAACCUCAGACCUCAAAGCGAAUUAAAACCCAAUAAAUGAGAGAAGUAUUGAUCCCAGUUAGACAAUAACAACCUCAUCCUCCUCCACCUCCACAGCCAUUCUUCCCUUAGCCAUACUACUUUCAAUACAAUCCUUUGAAUUAGAUGAUUCAAUAUGGGGCAUUGCAAAUACCACCACAAUUUCGUGUUAGUUUCCCAUUCCAAAUGCCAGUUGUCUCAGAUAUGUAAAUGGAAAUGAAAUGUGAAGAUAUGAGUAACUUAUUCAAUUACCUUAGUUAUAGAUGGCAAAAUAGAGGAUCGUCCUCAAUUUGAUUGA